AUGUAGAUGCAUUUGAGGAUUAAAAGUGACAUAAUAUAUGAAUAAAUCAAUCUAGAUUUACAAUAAUCAUCUAGCUAAAGGUUUUUGAAAUCAGAAUAAAAAUCAUAAUCUUUAUCAUCAUAAAUUUAUGAAGGAAUGUUAUCAGAACGUAAAAUAGAUUCUUAAUUCUCCCCAAAAAUAAAGAGAAAUCAAUAAAGACAUUAAUUGAAUUCAUCUUAUUGUUGGUUUUAUGAGGAUGAUUAAGAAUAAGAGGAACAUUCAAUAUGGGGAGAUUCUGGAUAAUUGCCUGUUGGUAAUAAUAAAGAGAAUAAAUUGAUAUCUUUUUUAGAGUUAUAUAAGUAUAGAUAUGAAAGAACUACAAAAAAACCAAUCUCCAGUUACAAUGUUAUAUAGAUGGCGAAAAAGUAAUUUCUUUUAAAUCAUAAUUAGACUCAUUAAUAGACAUUCUAACUCUAGAAUAAAAUAUUUAGGAAUCAAUAAAUUACAAUGGAUUGAUUUUAGAGAUUGGAGUAAAUGA